GUGCCAUGAGGCCUCGGGCGUCUCUGCUGCCAACCGUGAGCGAGCUGUCGGCGCGCGGGCGGCCUGGCGCGGCGUUCCGAAUUCUUAACUCUUUGCCGCCAGUAAGCAUUCGUCUCUCCUCUCCCUGACAUCCUGCGAUUUUUUAUGUUUUGAUACGGGUGUAUGAAUAGACUAUAGCUGUGUCAGUGUGUUAUGAUGCCAUCCCGUACCAACCUGGCUACUGGAAUCCCCAGUAGUAAAGUGAAAUACUCCAGGCUCUCCAGCACAGACGAUGGCUACAUUGACCUUCAGUUUAAGAAGAGCCCUCCUAAGAUCCCAUAUAAGGCCAUUGCGCUUGCUACAGUGCUGUUUCUGAUUGGCGCCUUUCUCAUAAUCAUAGGCUCCCUUCUGCUGGCUGGCUAUAUCAGCAAAGGGGGGGCAGACCGGGCUGUUCCCGUCCUGAUCAUUGGCAUCCUGGUGUUCCUGCCAGGAUUUUACCACCUUCGCAUCGCCUACUAUGCAUCCAAAGGCUACCGGGGUUACUCCUACGAUGACAUUCCAGAUUUUGAUGACUAGCACCAACCCUCAACCCUGAGAAGAGUCACAGAUGGGACUGAGACCAGCUUUAAGAUAUUGAGCAGAAACUGGCUAAGGGCUAAGGAGUUCUGCAGUUUGCAGAUGUUAAACAAAAGAAUGGCCAUCCUCAAGAUGUCAACAGAGCUUACAAUUACAAAUUAACUAAUUAGGACAUGCUCUAUUUUUCAUCUCCUGGCUCUGGCAAAAGCUGACAAGUUUUUCCACACUAGUAUGUAUCUUGGAAGAGUAGCGGUGUUAAUGGUGUGGGAAAGCAGGAGGUUAUCCUGUAGUGGAGAGUGUUACUGCUGCCACCCUUUUUGGAGUUCAGCAUUUCUUUUAAAUAGUCCUUAUUGUCAGUUCUGGUAGCAAAUGGAAAAAUUUAAUAUGUCAGAUUUCAUAUUACUAGUAAUUUAUCUUGAAAACAUCUAAGUAUCUUACCCCUACACUCAUCUCUCACUGUGUGUGCUAAUGGAAGACCUUGGCAAAUCAAAUGUCAGUGUGGGUGCAUCUGUAAUAUUUUUUACUUGCUUUCUUAUUAACAGCAGCCAGGACUUUUUUAAAAUCUCAGAGCAAGUUUGCAGAAGGUAAACGCCUUCUCUGUUCACCAAUCCUUGGUCAGCUUUGAUUUGGUCCACCAGUAAGUUGGCCAACAUAAUUUGGGUUAUUCUGUUCUUUAUAGAUCAGGAUGUUCUGUAUAUCAUGCCUUUAAGGACUGGACUUUGGCUGUUUCCUAAGGAAAAAAUGUAGAUAAGUGAUUGUUAUUUAGAGAUUAUAAACCUGUUGUUAGCACCUUGCAUUAUGAUGUCAUUCUGCUGAAGACUGCAAGACUCAACCUGGAUCCCUAGAUGGACUAGACUGCCUUAGUUUGAUUCUGUUUCCUAGCUUGCACAAAGUGACAUACUCAAAAGAAAUUAAAAUGCCAAAAUCUAAA